AGCAGACAGACUGGAGCGUCUCAACUUUUCCCAGUGUCUCCCUGUUGUGGUCUGUCCUGAAGUGAAGUAUCAACAGACACCACAUGAUGAAAAUAUGAAAUUGACAUCUGCAUCAGAUUUUUUGACAAGAUCCCCCAUGCAGUUGAGUGCUCUGCCAGUUGUGCACAAAUCAAAGAUAGACGCAAUUAACACGCCACAACAAGAGAACAGUACUCCUUUGGAAGAAACGCAUGUCUUGGAAGAGCAAAAGAAAAGUCUGAAAUGUGUAUCUAAAGACAAAGGCAAUCAGUGGAACCAAACGACUCAAGGGCCUUAUGUCUGUUCUGAAUGUGGAAAACAAUUUUCACGAAAAUCCAAUCUUAGGACCCACAAUAGAAUUCACACUGGAGAGAAACCCCAUUGCUGUUCUGAAUGUGGAAAAGUAUUUUCACAAAGGAUCCAUCUUGACAGCCACAGAACAAGUCACACUGGAGAGAAACCCUUUUGCUGUUCUGAAUGUGGAAGAGGGUUUUCAAGAAGGCACCGUCUCGAGAGCCACAUGACAAUUCAUACUGGAACUCAGCCAUACGGCUGUGUAGAAUGUGGCAAACGAUUCUGUGACAGGAGAAAUCUUAACCAACACAUGAGAACUCACAAUGGGGAAAAUCCUCUCUGUUGUUCAGAGUGUGGUGUACGAUUCUCAACAAGGACCCAUCUUUAUAAACACGAAAGAAUUCAUAAUGGAGGUAAACCCUAUUGUUGUGGUGAAUGUGGGAAAGUAUUUUCAAAAAGAAAUGGACUUGAAACCCACAAAAGACUUCAUACUGGGGAGAAACCGUAUUCCUGUUGUGAAUGUGGUAAACAGUUCUCAUUCAAGAGCACCUAUAGAAGCCACAUGAAAACUCACACUGGAGAGAAGCCACAUGGCUGCUCGGAAUGUGGAAAGCGAUUUUCACAAAGAGGCCAUCUUGAGAACCACAUGGCAAUUCAUACUGGAGAGAAACCCUAUUGCUGUUGUGAAUGUGGAAAGAGAUUUUCAAGUAAAUCCUAUCUUAGGGCUCACAAUAGCAUUCACACUGUAGAGAAACCCUAUUGUUGCUCUGAAUGUGGAAAAGGAUUUUCACAAAGAAACAAACUUGAAACCCACAAGAGAGUUCAUACUGGAGAAAAACCAUAUUGCUGUUGUGAAUGUGGCAAACGAUUCUCUUUCAAGAGCAGCUAUAGCAGCCACAUGACAAGUCACACUGGAGAGAAGCCAUUUGGCUGCUUGGAAUGUGGAAAACGAUUUUCAGAAAGAAGCACCCUUAAGGCCCACAAUAGAAUUCACACUGGAGAGAAACCCUUUUGCUGUUCUGAGUGUGGAAAACGAUUUUUACAAAAGAGUCACCUUGAGAGCCACACAGUUAUUCACACUGGAGAGAAACCCUACAGCUGUUCUGAGUGUGGAAAAAGAUUUUCAAGAAAAUAUUGCGUUGAGAGCCACAUGAGAGUUCAUACUCGAGGGAAGCCCUGAAGGAGUAAAUU